AUGUCAUUGUACUUUUUUGCUUAUAUAAUUACUCAUGUUGGUCUGUGCCUUCUGGUUGCUGCUUAUGCAGUACUUGGAGCGUUUAUGUUCCGGGAAAUUGAGUAUCCGGAAGAACUUAAAUUUCAAGGUCAUAUACAGAACGACACCACUGAGGUUGUAGAAGAAUUAUUUCGCUAUAUGUAUACAGAACCAAUAUUACAAGAGGCAAACUUCAGACAGAAAGCUCACGAUUUGCUCAAGCACUAUGAAAUUCAGCUUGUUAAUGCUGUUAACUUUGAAGAUUAUUGCACAGUAUUAGCAAGAUACUUUCAAUUACGUUUUACCCUACAGCCUGUUUUGUUAGGUUACGAUGAGAAAGACAACGUAACUCCUACAUAUCAGUGGACAUUUUCUGGUGCUCUAUUAUUUUCUAUUACAGUUUUCACUACAAUCGGGUAUGGCCAUAUUUGCCCAAAAACCCCGUUAGGCAGAGGCAUGACCAUUGUUUAUGCAACUGUCGGUAUACCUCUUAUGUUACUUUGUUUAGCAAAUAUUGCCGAGACUCUUGCUCAAGUUAGCUAUUUUUUCAUUUUACAUUCUAUACUACCGUUUAUUUUAACUAAAUCUUUUUUGCCAAAAAAUUAUCCUUAUCGUGUGAUCAAACAAACAAUUUAUAACUGAUA